AUGAAAAUCAACGAAAUAAAUAUCCUUUUAAAAUUAAAACAUCCUAACAUUAUUGACAUAUUAGAUGUUUAAAAAGGACCUGACAACGCAUUUUAUGUUAUUUUAGAACAUUGCUCUAUAAAUCUAUUUUCUUAUUACUCGCUUCUCAAGAGAAAAAAUAGAAUUUUAUCUGCUGAUAAAAUAAAGGCAAUAAUUUUUUAGAUUGUUAGAGCAUUAGUUUUCCUUGAAAAGAAUGGCAUUAUUCAUGGAGAUAUAAAUUCCCUUAAUGUUUUCCUUCAGGAUGGUGUAGUAAAAGUGGCAGGAUUUGGUCAUUCAGUUAACGAAUCUGAAAAAGACCAAACAAGAAUCCAUCGCUAGCUUGGAUGUUUUCCUUCUCCUGAAAAAUUGUUUGGACCUAAAUUCAAACUUAGCUGCAAGACAGAUGUUUUUUCCUUAGGAUGCUUAUUUAUAGAGCUUCUUUAGGGAAAAAACAUUUUUAGAGAAGAGCACGCACCUAAAAUAAUGUAAAAAUAUUUAAUUAUCAUAGGGCGGCCUUUUCAAUAAAUUUAGAUGGAGCAGUUAAAAGCUUUGAUGGAUUAGGAAAAUUGUGUUUUACCAGAAACAGAAGGAAUAGGACUGUAGAAUUUACUGAUAGGGACUGAUUAGGAGAUGAUAGAUCUAAUAAAAUAAAUGGUUACCUACGUUCCCUAAUACAGACCAUAAGCAUCUGAAAUACUAAAUAACCCUAUUUUUCAAGAGUUUAUUGUCAAAUACAAAUUACAAAACACCUAACAAAUUACAACGAUAACAGAAAAUCCUUAAUUUUAUUAAAUAAGCUCAAUUAGAGAAUUUGAUAGAAGUAAAAGCAAUGGUAGAAACACCAAAAAAUCUAAAUCUAAAACUAAAAUAUCCAAAAAAAGAAACAAAACAUUAAAUACUCAUAAAGAUAUUAAUGACUCUUCUACUCUACCUAUUAUGAAUAACAUUUAUAAUCCAGAACUAUCGAAUCAAAGAAUAAUAAAAGCUUAUUUUGAUAGUUCAAAAAAGCUCAAUUAGGUAAAUUUAGUCCAUUUUAAUGGGAAGUAAGAGAAAAAGUCACAGUUUUCUCCAAGAGAAGAUUCUUGUUAGCAAGGGGCAGUUCAAUUUUUUAGAAAAGGCAGAAGUAAUUCAAUAGCAAGCGAAGGUAACGAAAUAUCUAAGAAGUUCUUAAAUGGAAAAUCAUAAGGUUCUUCACCUAUUGCGUUGAAUGAAAAUCCUCAAAAUUACUAUUAAAUUGAAGAGAUAUAAUAUGGGUCAGUUUAGUACAGCAGCAACAGAUCUUCUUCAUUUAGUAAUGAUAAUAAAAUAAAAAGAAAUCACAAUAGCUUUUCUAAUUUUGAUAUGCAAAAUGAAAUAAAUUAAUCAUCAAUAGCACUUCAAAAAAGUAUACUAAAUAACAGACUCAACCACAGUAAAUUUUUAGUUCCAACCAUACAGCAAGAAAUGGGAUUUCUUCCUUUAAUAUAAAAUCACACAAAUAGUGAAACAAAUGCUAUAAAUUCUGAAGUAAAAUAGAGCACUAUUAUUUAAUAAUAAGACCCUUUUUUAGAUUAAAUUAGCAAAAUAGAAGAUAAAAACUUACUCUAAUACAGUGAGCAUGGAUAAAAAAAUAUAGAUUAAAUACAAAUUAAAACAAAUAAUAAAAUUUAAAUAGAAAAAAAAAGAAUUUAUUUUUAGCCGCCAUAUCUUGAUUCUGAAAAAUAAUAUUUAAAAAAGAUAUUUUAGCAGGAUUUAUCAUAAAACAAUAAAAACACAUAAGCCAGAAAUAAUUAAAAAAUAAUUAAGAAGUGA